AUGGAAUCGGCGCGGCGGAGCUGGAAUACCAAGAAUCUAGGUGCUCGCAUCGGUUCCGACCUCGUCAGCGCCAGCUGCGCAGGAGCUCUCAUCGCACCCAUCGUAGCCAUCAUCGACAGAUCCAUCAUGGAGAACACCUCGGGCCGCAACACCCUCUCCAACUCCCUCAAAACCUCCCUCUCUAACCUCCUCCUCCGCCCCCACACCAUCCUCCUCACAAAACCGACCGCCCUCCUCUUCCUCCUCUACGGCGCAACCUACGCCUCCGCUAACACCCUCGACACAAUCUCCUCCACCGCCCACGACAGGCCCGCCUCCCUCGUCACGGCCGGCACCCCCAAAUUCGCCGCCUCUUCCUCCGUCAACGUCGGCCUCUGCAUCUACAAGGACCAGGUCUUCGCCCGCAUGUUCGGGCCCCCCGGCUCCCCGCCCCGGCCCGUCACCCUCCCCUCCUACGCCCUCUUCGCCGCCCGCGACUCCAUGACCAUCUUCGCCAGCUUCAUCCUCCCCCCCCUCCUCGGCCCCCGUAUCGACGAUUAUCUCUCCGCCUCUUUGCGCCGGUACGUCUCCGGCGCCACGGCCGCGCAGUUCCUCGCCCCCGCCGCCGUGCAGCUCCUCUCCACCCCGCUGCACCUCCUCGGGCUCGACGUCUACAACAGGCCGCCGGGAGGGGGCGCGACGUGGGGGCAGAGGUGGGAGCUCAUACGGCGCAUGUGGCUACCCAGCGCGGCCGCGCGCGUUUGUCGCAUCGUCCCUGCUUUUGGCGUUGGUGGGGUUGUGAACACAAAGUUACGGAGGAGCAUGAUGGUCAAGCUUGAGUGA